GUAAAAAAUAAUGAAUUCAAUUUUAAGAAUGGAAUUAAUGAAACAUAGGAAAAAGUAUGCCUAAAAAUGGCAAAACGUUCUAAACGGUGAAAUGUUCCUAAUUCUAUCUUAGACGUUAUGAUUAUAAUUUUAUGCUGCACUGUUAAGAACAUGCACUAUUUACAAAUCCACACUUUCUACAAUUACAGUUCCACAAUUUUAAUUUACAACUCCACAAAGUGAGUCAGAUCCACACUUAUUUUAGGCCCUGGUGCAAACUAUGGAUUAGAUGAAGAACAAAUAAUCUGGUUUCAUAUGUUAAUAGAAAGUGGUGACAGGACUGAUCCUAAACGUAGGCAGAAAGUAGCAUCAGUACAUUAGCAAUCAAUCUAACUGGUUAGCUCUGAAAUAUUUCUUUCACUAUAACAAUAAUCAGAAGAUAACUUGCAUGGUUCUUGCUCUUUCUACGCCGCCGAAGACGUGUAAAAGGGUUAUAGAUUGUGUAGAGCGAAAAUGUACAAUGUACUCGAGGUCUUCAUCCUUCAGCACAAACUGUAGCUCUGGUCAGCAUCUGAUUUUGUGAGAGUUUAUACAGAUUUGUUUUUGUUUGCCGUUGUCUGUGAUCACCGCUGGCAAAAUCCAUCAUGGAAUACCCUGAAUAAUUAAUAAACUGCAACGUGAUCUCAACCAUAGUCUAUGUCUGAACUCAUUGUUGUAAUUGGAAAGUCAGUAUUCGCAAUAUGAUGGAAACUGAAGACGUUAAUGGUUCGAAGUCGUUUUGGGAUGCUGUUGAGAUGAUAGCAACACUUGGGUUUGUAACUGGAAGUGAACUUGGUAAAGACGCCUUAGAAUGCCUGAGUGGAGUGAAAAUCCUCCACGAGAUUUACAAAAGGAUGAAUCAAGAUGAAGACAAAUUAGCAGCUUUAAGGGCGAGCACCAUUUUGAGGAUAGCUGAGUAUGUUAAAAAAAACCCAGGGGCCAACGAUGACCAAAUUGCACGUCAGGUGCAGAAAGAAAUUGACCAAUUUACAAAAACUGCAGCUGAAAUCGUUGGAAAAUGACGUCAUCACAUCAGAAUAUAAGAACCAGUUGCAAGUGAUUACUAACAUACUUUGCACGACACACGUAACAAGCACUCAACCAAUAUUUUAACAAUUUAUAAUACACUUAGCCAUACUUAAUAUGUAUAUUCUUUGCUGUAUUGUUGCAUAUUUUUCAUGAUGUAUUGAUAAAACAUACUGUAUAAUUAGA